CCAACCACCGCCUUGAACAUGACGGCGUUAAUGUGCAAAUUCGUAGUCGUUGUUGCAAUUAUUUAAUUUAAGCUAUUAAGCAUGAGAGAAAAGAAGCUCGUAUUCUUGAGAUAGAUGAUUUAUUUAGACAAUUGGAUAAACACGCUAGCCCCGAAAUUCCAAAUGCGUGGAGCCGAUGCCUUAAAAGCACGUUAGCUAAGAACUAAUAAGCCAAUUUAUUUGUAAGCAUAAACUGUGAAUCUUCAGUGCAAUUAUGUUUCUGCCAGAGACGGCAACAUUUUGCAUAACGCUGCUGGUCUAUGGCGCGAUUCUUUUACUCCUUAUUUAUUAUGUACUAACAUUGGCCGACUUGGAGUGCGACUAUUUAAAUGCACAGGAAUGCUGUCGUCGGCUGAAUUUCUGGGUUAUUCCCAAGUUUGGUUCGCAUGCAAUACUCUGCCUUCUUCUCCUUUUGGGUGGCCACUGGAUAAUGUUUUUACUCAAUCUGCCCAUGGUAUUGUGGCUUUUCUAUGAGUUGAAUCGACAGCAACGAGACAGCCUGGGUGUGUAUGAUCCCGUCGACAUCCAUAGUCGGGGUCUACUUAAGGUGCAUUUGCGCAAUUGCAUGAUCUAUCUGGGGUACUAUUUCGUCAUGUUCUUUGUGGGCUUGUACUGUCUAAUCUCAUCGCUGAUCAAAGGCGACCCCAUAAAGCGGCACGAGGACGAUGAAAUAGUGACUGAUUUCUGAGGUCUUCCAAAGCAAUUUUUUUACGUUUUUACCUUCUACAAAUCCUAGCUAGUCACAGGACCAUAACGCACAAGACCUGUAUGUGCCCUCAUUUAUAUAUUUAUUAAACCCUUUACUUCACCCUUAGCAUUAGAAGCGUAUUCGAAUCAAUUAAAAAUCACAUUCAUAUGUAAAGUA